AAAUUGGAAAGAUGAAUACCCUUAUAUAAGCUCGAAGAAGGUUCGUUUCGCUAGGCUGUGACACUAUGCUCACUAAAUUUUCGCAUUGUCCACCCUUCAUAUUCAAAAAUGGCUUUCAUUUCCACUUCUCAGUCAGCUUAAUGCAUUCUUUCUUUUCGAAUUCAAAUUCUCAUAAUUUCACCAAUUUCUCUGUAAUGCUACAAGGCCAUAUUUCACAUUCGCAUCUUCUUCAAAUUCAUGCUCAAAUCUUUCGAGUGUUAGCACAUCAGGACAAUCUCGUGGCAACUCGUCUCAUCGGCCACUACCCAUCUCGUUUGGCUCUUCGAGUCUUUGAUCAGCUUCUAACUCCCAAUAUAUUCCCCUUUAAUGCCAUUAUCAGAGUUUUGGGUGAAGAGAGUCUUUGCUCGUGUGCGUUCUUCGUGUUCAAAGCCUUAUUGCAGCGCUCGCUUUCGCCUAACGACUUCACUUUUUCUUUCCUUCUGAAGGCUUGCUUUCGAUCAAAUGAUGCCAAGUAUGUCAAACAAGCCCAUACCCAUGUUGUUAAAUUGGGUUUUGUUUCUGAUUCCUUUAUUUGUAAUGGUCUUCUUGUUGCGUAUGCGAUGGGCUUUAAGGAUAUGAUAUCGGGGCGUAAGGUGUUUGAUGAAAUGCCUGACAGGGCUAUGGUUCGUUGUUGGACUUCUUUGAUUGCUGGGAGUGCUCAAUCAGGUCAGACUGAAGAGGUUUUGCGCCUUUUCUUUAUGAUGGUUAAGGAGAAUUUGAGGCCGGAAAAUGAUACCAUAGUCAGUGUUUUAUCUGCAUGUUCAAAACUUGAGGCUGUAGAAAUUGAGAAGUGGGUAAUGAUUUUAUCAGAAUUCAUCAAUGAUGAUGACACGGGGAGUUUUGGUCGAGAUUCAGUCAACACUGUUCUUGCUUAUUUGUACGGGAAGUGGGGAAAGGUUGAAAAGUGUAAGGAAAGAUUUGAUGAAAUUGUUGGGAUUGGCAAAAGAAGUGUGCUUCCUUGGAAUGUGAUUAUAAGCGCAUAUGUCCAAAAUGGUUGUUCCUUUGAGGCUCUGAGUCUUUUCCGGGUGAUGAUUGAGGAUCUCAAUCUUAGGCCCAACCAUGUUACAAUGGUGAGUGUGCUUUCUGCUUGCGCUCAAGUUGGCGAUUUAGAUCUUGGUAAAUGGAUUCAUGGAUAUGUGAAAUCUGAAGGUUGCAAGGCUAUUGUAGAGUCAAACACAUUUCUAGCCACUGCAUUAAUAGACAUGUAUUCUAAAUGUGGGAAUUUGGGGAAGGCAAAAGAUGUUUUCGAGCAGAUGGUCUCCAAGGAUGUUGUUUCAUUCAAUGCUAUGAUCAUGGGUCUUGCAAUAAAUGGUGAAGGAGAGGAGGCAUUGAGGCUUUUCUCCAAAAUGCAAGAGCUCAGUUUGCGUCCAAAUUCUGGAACCUUCCUUGGUGUUUUAUGUGCAUGCAGUCACUCAGGGUUGUUAGACACAGGGCGGCAGAUGUUUCUAGACAUGAUCCCGCACUUUUCUGUUCCUCCUGAACUAGAACAUUAUGCUUGCUAUGUUGAUCUCCUCGCACGAGUGGGCCUUCUUGAAGAAGCCUUUGAGGUUGUGGCCUCCAUGCCCUUUGUGCCUAACAAUUUUGUAUGGGGGGCUUUGCUUCAGGGUUGCAGGCUCCAUUCUAGAUUGGAGUUAGCCCAAGAUGUUUCCCAAAAGCUUGUUAAAGUAGAUCCGGAAAAUUCUGCAGGCUAUGUGAUGUUUUCCAAUGCCCUUGCUAGUGAUCAACAAUGGGGGGAAGUCUCAGGCUUGAGGUGGUUAAUGAGGGAAAAGGGGGUGAGGAAGCACCCAGGGUGUAGUUGGAUCAGCGUCAACAGAGUUGUGCAUGAAUUCCUUGCAGGAUCCCUAUCACAUCCUCAAAUUGAUAGCAUAUAUCAUACAUUAAAUGGAUUGGUGAAGGAAAUGAAGGUAGCAAGUGCUUAGGAAGUUGACAAGAUGAGACAUGAAGAUACUGAUAUUCUUUGGACCUUAACAAUUGAAAAUGUUUCCAGUUUCAUUCUUCCUUGGGCAAAAUAAGUUGUUUGUUUAAGAAACUGAGGCCAUAGGUGUUUGCAUCAUAUCACAACACUCAGCUUGAUGCUCUUUUGCAUACUGAAAACAAAGUCACCAAUCAGAUGUUGAUUGAGAAUCUAUGCGAGUACAGCUAGGAAGGAGUCUUUUACUUCUUUCUCUUUGGUUUCUUUGCAACGUAGCGGCAUUUUCUUCUGGAGAUUCUUGUAAUCAUGAACCUGAUGACAUCUUGCAGCUCAGCUUCAUACAAUUUCUUUUUGGCGCAUUUUCCUUCUGCUGGUGUUUUCACCAAAGAACAAGCUCUCAGUAUUCUGGUCAGGAAAUCCUACUGCUAUCACUAUUGCUGCAGGCCAAGUUCUCUCUCCAGAUCCCAUCACUGAGGAGACAAACCUGGAUAUCAAGGUAAGCAAGCCUGUCUUGGAUGAUUACAGUUUUUUUUUCCAUGCUUCAUAGGCUAAAUAAAGCAAGCUGCGUUUGGAAAGCUUAAGCUCUGACCAGUCUAGUGCCCAUUCAUCAGCUGAUGCGAGCUGAACCUGAAUUAUAGCCUGGCACAGCUCAGUUUCUAUGUGAGCACAGCUUGAACAAAUUCAGCUUGGUUAUAUUUGACUCUACUUGCAACGUAACUUUAAAUACCUUUCUAGGGGAAAGCUUGUUUGAUAAUUUAGAUUCUUGAAACGACAUUAUUAGUUUCAGUUAAUGUCUAAAGGAUUAAAUAUCCUUGGCGAGCUAAGGUCAAAUAUCGAUUAAGGCUGUAACAUGAAGUAUAGCAUGAACUCAAGCAAAAAAGGUAGUUGUGUUUUUAGAAGUAAUGAUUAAGCAAUCAAUUAAAGUCUUUUGAUAAGGGAUUCAACUAUUUUGAGUAUGAACAUCAACAACAGGAUGCUUAAUGUCAAUUCCAAUUGACAUACGAUAGUGAAUAAAUGUUUAAGAUGAAAAUUCACUUGUAUUUUUAAGACAAAUUUUUUGGAUAGGAUAAUUUGAAUGUUGUAAUUCCAGUAUUCACUCGUAUUAUUAAUGAAAUGAUAUAAUUUUCUUCUCA